GUGGAAUGCGCCCAAUACUAAUGAAAACGUCAAAAGCGCGUGUGUUGAGUGUCAAUUUGUCAAAUUCAGUAAAAAACUAAAAUUACUUUUUCCUUUGCCUUUCCCUAUUGGGGAUAAAUUUUAAAACAAAAACAAACUAAAAUUACUUGAAACGGACCCUGUCUGCGGACUUCAAUACACUUUCAGCACUUGUCAUUGGCAAAAUCAUCGGCCAAAAGGUGAUGAAGCCACAGUCUAAAGAAGAAGAACAAGUAAAAUUACUUGGAAACUAUAUGAAAUAACUAUUAUAUAAAAGUUUUUCGUAGAAGAUAAAUAGAAACUACCAUAAUGACAAGAUUCGCAAGAGCAAAAGGUUCCAAAGCUUCUAACCUAAAAUCUCCCGAAGACAGUACACCAUGGGAAGUGAUGAAAGAACAAUUGAUUAGGGCUAAAAAUGAAACUGAAGAAAGCAAGAAACGAGAAGAGGCAGAACAACAAAGGAUAGAAAAUUAUAAUAACUUUCUCAAGGAACAUAAGGUUCAAAAAAGAAAAGCGACUUGGUGUGACUUUCCAGAAUCUAAGAGUAAUGGGUCAAAACCAAAAGAUGGAAACAUUAAAAAAAAAGCAAAGAAAAAUAAACCUUCACAUACUGAAAUAAUUGAAUCCAACUCUAAUAAUCUCGAGAAUAAUGAAAGUGAAGUGCCAAAAAAGAAAAAGAAACAAAAUAAAAUUAAUACUUCUUUACAAGAACAUCAUACACAAGAUGGUGGUAAGAAAAAUAAUCCUUCAUCACAUACCAACAUGAGUGAAUCUAAUUCUCCUGUUGAUAAUGAAAGUGAAGUGCCAAAAAAGAAAAAGAAAAAACAAAAUGAAAGUGACAGUACUUUACAAGAAGAUCAUAAACAAAAUGGCCUUUCACCUUCUGAAGAACAACCAAUGUCCAAAAAUGAAAAGAAGAAGAAAAAACAAAAAACAUUCACAGAUGCCAAUGUUUCUAAUGAAAAAACUAACUUUAAUGAAAAGCUAGUGCAAAAUGUUGCAAAUGGAGGAUCCAAAAAGAAAAACAAAAACAAAAAGAAUAAAAAAUUUUCUUCUGAAUCGAAAAUAGAUAAAACUUCAAUUGAUACCGGGGUAAAUAAAUCAAAUCAACAAACACAAGGAGUUAAUAAAGUGAAAAAUAAGCAUUUGAAAAAUGGGGCACCGAAAAGGAGAAAACCUAUAAAUGACAAGAGUUUCCAACUGAUCAUUAACAGUAAAGAGGUUGAUUUGGUAAGAUUUGAUGGUUUUCCAAUCAUGAAGAAAGACGCAGAGAGACUUGAAGAAUUAAAAAAGAAUAUGAUAAAAAAAGGCAUACCUAAAAGUGAAAUACAAAGGACUAUGAAACUAGAAAGACGGAGGGCUGAAAAAGCAUUAGCAAGACUCAAGAGGGAUGUCUGCUAUAAUUGUAGAAAAGGUGGUCAUAACCUCUCAGAUUGUCCCGAUCUUAAGUCUAACAUACCAAAUGUGGAUUCAGCAGAAGGUGUCUGCUUCAAAUGUGGUUCCACCGAGCACAGACAGUUUGAGUGUAAAGUACAAAAUGACAAGGAAUUCAGAUUUGCGACAUGCUUUAUUUGCAAGGAACCUGGGCACAUAGCACGCCAAUGUCCAGAUAAUCCCAAAGGUCUUUAUCCAAAUGGUGGAUGUUGUAAAAUAUGUGGGGAUGUAACACACUUGAGGAAAGAUUGUCCAACGGUAAAAUAUAAAAAAGAAGAGACGUCAAUAAAAUUACAGACUCUUAAUGAUGACAAUAUUGAGGAUUUAGGUUAUCAACCGAAUAAACAACAAGUAUCUCAACAAAUGUCUAAGAAACCUAAAAAGAUUAAGUUUUAAUAUGUUUAUAAUGAAAUGUAAUAAAGUUCUUGUACAGGUAA